AUGUAUAUUCAAAAUUCUCUUUCUUUUUUUAUUCAAUUUUUAAAAAAGUAUUUGUCCUCAUCUAUAUUCAUCACUCGCUCCCUUUUACUUUUUUUUUUUAAUUUCUUUCUUUUUGUUUCAUUGUAUUUGAUAGUUUUUGUAUUUUCCCUUUUUUUAUUCUCUUUUUCUUUCAUUUUUAUUCUAUUUUUCUUUUUUUUUCUAUUUUUCUUUCUUUCUUUUUUAUUCCAUUUUUUUUUCUUUUUUAUCAAAUUUUUCUUUCUUUUUUCUUUUUUCUUUUUUAUUCUAUUUUCUUUCUUUUUAUUCUAUUUUUCUUUCUUUCUUUUUUAUUGUUUUCUUUAUUUCUUUUUUAUUCUAUUUUCUUUCUUUUUCUUCUCUUUUCUUUCUUUUUUAUUCUAUUUUUCUCUCUUUCUUUUUAUUGUUUUCUUCAUUUUGUUUUUAUUGUUUUCUUUCUUUCUUAUUCUAUUUUCUUUCUUUGUUUUUUAUUCUAUUUUCACCUCUUAA